AUUUUCCCAAAUAAGGUGUUGAUUAUUGUGGGGGAUUGUGAAAAGUUUGCUGCGAAGGACCCUCGUGUACGAACAUUCAAGUGCUCAGAAGAUCUCACCAAACUUGACCCAACCAAGAUAGAUCACUUGAUGAAAUUUUGGUUUGACAACUGCGAUGCAAUACUCAGCAACCCUGAGAUCAUGAACCGAGUCAAAUCUUCCGAUGCUGUUAUUGGAGAUGCUGCGUUCCAGUGCUCGUAUUUGAUCGCCGAUAAAUUCUCCUUACCACAUGUUACAGUCUUGAUGAGUCCUCUCAGUACCGGUUCGGUGUUGCAGUUAAACUUUGCACAACUUCCGUCCUACAUACCCCAGUUCACCUCCGGAUUCACCGACCACAUGAAUUUUCUUCAGAGAGUGAAGAAUACCAUGCAACACUUAUUUCAUCAACUGAUGGUUCUUCCGAAAAUAGACAACGUCUACGGACCGCUAAAGAAGAAGCAUAACAUCACACCAGAGAAAUCCCUCCGAGAGACUUACCAAAAAAUUGACCUUGUCCUUGUUCAAUCGGAUCCCCUCGAUUAUCCAAGGUUUCAUUUACCGAGUGAGAAUCACACUUUUGUAGCUAACUUACCGGUAAUGCUUAUCCAAAAUGUAUCUUUAGGCUAACCGUUUAAAUGAGAUAGGAAAGGGAAGACACCGAGGCAGUUAACAAACCCAAUAAAUUUCAAUCCUUACUCUCCCUUUUUUCUUCUAUUCUCUAGUUUUCCCUCCUUUUCUGUGAAAACUCAACAUCACUUUUUACGUUUACAACAGUAAAACUACCACUCAUGCUUUUAGACAAGCAAUCUCCAUGUUUUCCUCAAAAGUAACAAGUGGUAGGCUUCUCUCUAAGGGAACGUUAUCAUCAGAACUUCAUGUGUGUAAUUUUAUUUCCUUUCUAUUGUUUAUUUGCAGAUACUAAACUGGUUGGUCCAUUGCUAUCAAGUCCGGCCAAACCCCUUCCAGGUGAUCUUCAACAGUUUGUCAUGGGGUCCGGGGACGAAGGUGUUAUACUUGUGUCGUUUGGAUCGAUUCUGUCUCAGAUAGACGAUCAAACAAUUGAAAGAAUGGCAGCUGUGUUUUCUAGCUUACCACAGAGAGUUAUCUGGAAACUUGAUACAGGUAACUGAGUUAUGAGUUUGGUCGAUGUGUUGUUGUUGGUGCUGUUGUUGUUUAUUAAAUUCAGUGUACACAAGCCAAGGUGGACUAUUAAAAUAAAGUUUACCUUCCUUUGCUCCCGUGUGAGAAGCUGGUAUUUGACUACAAGUACUGUUUGAGAAGGAAUCUCAACACUCUGCUUUCAUUAUUGGCUUCUAAAGAGCGAUUGUUUUGCUGUCUACUUUGAAGACUAAAGCCUUGAUCUAGUUGUCAUAACGACAACAAGGCUUCAAUCAGAAUAUCAAAAUUUGAAACCGUGCGUACGUAGUUGUGUCACUCCUGGGAAUUCUGAUGUUUUUCUUUCCUUCCGUGAUACAGAGGGCAAAAGUUUGCACCUUGGCGACAACGUCAAAGUGUCUUCCUGGCUUCCACAGAACGACAUUCUCGGUCAUCCAAAGACACGUCUGUUCAUUGGCCAUGCUGGAAUGAAUGGAAUGUUGGAGGCUGCUUACCAUGGAGUCCCUAUGAUUUGUGUGCCUUUCUUUGGAGACCAGUUUGACAACUCUGUGGCGGCAAAGCACUUUGGGAUGGCGGAAUUUUUGUACAAGGAGUCAAUAACUGAGGGGAGUCUUGUAAAGUUAAUAAACACUGUUCUUAACAAACCAAGGUAAGCGAAAUCACGUGACGGCCCAUAGCUGGUCAUAAGACUUCUAUGGUGGAUUUGUCCAUGCCUUUGUCUUUCUUUAUCGCAAAAGGGUAUUUGAGUCCACUUUGAAAAUCAAAAAGACCAAAGACAAACCAACAUUUGUUUACUUUCAGUUACCGCGAGAAUGCUGUCAGAAUUUCCAGGUCUAUCAAACUGCGCCCGCGUUCUGCUAUAGAGGCAGCCGCUGACUGGGUGGAGUACGCGCAAGCUCUAGGUGACUUGUCGUUCCUCAGACCACGAAGCCUGGAUCUACCAUUUUAUCAGCUUUACCUUUUAGAUGUAUUAGCUCUGUUUCUUUUGCUGUCAAUCAUCAUUGUAGCCGCUGUUUAUAUAGUGCUCAGGUGUUUGUAUCGUUUUUGCUGCAACAAGAAGCCGACGAAAGAAAAGCCGAACUAACAGAUCGCAAUGUUUUUGUCACAAAAAUAAACUGAGACAACUUUAUCAUCAUGUAUUUCCAUCGUCCCUCUGACAACAACAAGGAGCUGAGAUUACAAUCGGUGAUGUUUUCCUCCUCAUCCUACUUUCUCUUUCUGUUUCUGAUUGUUAUCGAUCAGAUACUGAGCUCCCCCUUACCUCUGGCUCCCAGAAGCGAUUAACUUGUAAAUUCUUCCUAUAACACCUAAACAUCAUCCAACAAACAAGUAAUGAGAAUACCCAAACUUAUCAAAUAAAGUUGUUAUCUCGACCUGGCACCAAAGUUUUGCGACUAAUUUGGAAGGAAAUCGGCAGCAGCUGGAGGGGAGAAUUAACAAGCUGAUCUUAUGAAUUACAGGUUUUAAUGAAGCCUGGUUCCCUUCAGUUACCGUAGGUUUAUGUGAGGAGAGAAAAUACAUGGAAACUCUAAAUCACGAAAGUGUUCUCAGUUUUGAUAUAAUCGGCUGUGCAUGUAGUUAUGUGGGGAUUGAAAUAAACACUGCAAAAAGCAGAUUAAAUGUAAGCUCUGAUUAAUUGUAAAUAAAUCACUGUAGAACGUCCCUCUUCACAAAUGGUUUAUAGAGAUGUUAGGAUGAGGGUUUGACGGUUGACAGUUAUAUUUUUAGUCUUUUGAUUUUGAUGGUUAACCAACACUAAAAUUAUGCUUAUUUUCAAAGACUAUGCUACUUUUUCUUAAAAUAAAAGAAACACAAAACAAGCCCAAAGGUAUAGAUUUAAUGUUACUGUGGCAUGAUAUCUUCUUAAUUUUGAGGUUAUUUAAGAAAAUGAGCCGUUUGUUGCCUAAUAUCGAACAUAGCUAUGCUUUUCCAUAGCUGUUUAAUAUCUCAAAGUUAUCAACCUUUCCUCAGUGAAGAAGUGCGAAGCUAACUGUGUUCACCUUCGGUUAAUUUUUAAAGCCUACAUCAGCGGGAACUAACGCAUUGUUUGAAAACAAUCAGUAAUUAUUGUUCUUAAAAGGUCUUAGGUCAAGGUCUUAAAAGUAAGCUUCACCUAACUUCGAGAAAAACUGAAUAGGUCGUGGUCUGAAUAUAAUACGUCAGUUCGUAUUUAAAAGAUUUAAAAACAAAGAACUUGAUAUUGGGUUAAUACCUUUUUUAUAUCCUUCAGUAAUGUCACGCAACAUGUAUUUUGUACAUGUACAAGUCAAAUGCAAACAUUCACAUAACUGAGUAUCCAAAAAGAAACCACGCACCACAGAACGAGCUGCUUUUCGCUAAACGCAUAGUGCUUUUCGAGAAGCCUAUACUUACGACAUUUUGAAACCAGCAUCUCUGGAUCAUGACUUUGAUGCUCAGUCAACCGCUUACGUGCAGCAUCGUAUUGUUGUUUGCAUAUCAAACUAUUAGCUUUGCUGCAAAAUUUGCGAUGAUUCCAAUGGCUGGUAAGAGUCACUACUUGGUUCAUGCAAGGCUUGGGCAAGAGCUGGAAAACAGAGGACACGAGGUAAAUUUAGUGCAUUUAGGAAUCGCAGUUCAAGAAUCUGUGGCUUGUCACUGAAGGAAAUCGAAGCGUAGGGAUUUCUACACAUAUACUACUGUGCCUUUAAAGCGAAAAUUUUUGGCGUGUUUUUUUUUUUAUAGUUGCAUUUCAAAUUUGGGAUAAGCGGCCCGAGUGCCUUGCGACCUGUCUGUGACCAAUAAUUCCGAUUUGGCGGCCAAAAACUCGUACCACUAAGCCAACGACACGAACAAUUACAUUGCAUCUGCAUAUUUAGUAGUGAUGGAGCAAAUUCAACGGUGGAGAUCGAAAGGAAAAAUAAAGAAGAGACUUAUUACAUUUUUGGGGCUCCAAAUUAUGUUAGCGGCAUGAAUUACUCACAUAACUGGGCAUAUCAAUGCACUAUGUUCCAAAGGGUAAAGCUUUAUGUCAGAAAUGGACCAGUUCAUCCGUUACCCCGCCUUCGGGUCAUUCAUGAGACCUCGGGCACAGUUUUCAUCUGACCUUCUGCCCGUUUGAUAAAAUGCAUGCCAAAAAUUAUCGAUAUUCAUUGGUUGAGAAUUCGUCAAUUUAACCUAAACAGUUCAGAAAGUUGAAACUGAGUGCAGAAAGCUGAAAUUAAAUUGAUUGACUGGAGAGUCGCAAAAGCACAACAAAACAAAAUAGCGGACAGGUUAACUACGAGAAAGUAACAACGUUUUAAUUCAGCACAAAAACUCCUAACGAAGUGCAAAACGACUGGCUAAAAGUCGAGAAGUCUUGAGGUUCCAAAAUCGGCUAUGACAAAAGUAUUGAUUCGUAGGAACCGGAGGCCCUGAACAAAAUUCUCCGAGAGUUAACAAAGACAACAAACUGCACUCGUCCUAUAGGGUUGUGCAAUUUGCUAAGCGUUUGAAAAAUUUACUUGUGGUGAUUUAUCCAAAAAUUGCACUCGAAAUCAUGUGAUUACUUUUACUUGUAACAUGUGAGUUUUAAAAUAUUUGAUAAUGAUUUCAGCCAAUAUUAUCUUACAUCAAAGGCCUUUUUAGAGUUUCAUGAUAAGACAGCGGUUGAAAUGUAAAGUGUGUCAUGUAAGCUGCAGAAUUUGUUACCCACUUCAACUGCACAUUAUUUAAAGGCACUGACCGACACUGUUCACACAAUUUAAAACCGAACUCAUCUCAAAUAAUAGGUAGUUAAGAAUGAAUCACGUCAUCCUCUCUUGACCCUACAAACUCGAACUGCCAGGGAAACCAAAAACAACUUGAUCGAUAUACUGGCGAGUUGAGUAAGCUCAUACGUUUUCAACAUCCAAAAAAAUGCUCCUGACAGGAAAUGACGCCGUAAUACGACGUAAAGUGCAGUGUUUCAAACGCAGGCUACCCUGGUUGUAGCUAAUGGGGUUUAAGGCCCACAAGUUUAAUUUAUUCUCAGAAGGCUGAGUGUCAGGAUAAGCUGAAGCAAUUUCUUUCUUCCCGUAAGCAGAACGUCCACUCAAAAACAUGAAAUAUGACUCAUUCCUUCCAAACUAAUCAUUUCAGUGAAUGUUAUCUUACUAAACCAGGACUUAUUACCCUUCCCAAUGCCUUGUUUUUUGUUUGUCUUUAUUUCAUUUCUUAGACCGCUUAGAAAACACUUGGCCAGUCACGAGUCACGCUAUUGUUUCGCGUGUAUUCGUCUUAAUGCACUCCUCUACAACUCAAAAAAUGUCUCAGUGCUAGUUGCACAGGCUAGGUGUGAUGUGUGUUUUCGCAGUUGCGGUAUCUGAUGACGGCUAAGACAAUCAAAACCGGACCCCACUUUAUUGCCUCUCUUACUGUAUUCUUUCCUUACAAGGUGCUGAUUGUUGUUGGAGAACGUGAGACGUAUGCUGCAAAAGACCCACGUGUUCUAACAUUCAGUUCCCCGGAUGAUAUCAACAAACUUGACGUGACCAAGAUAGACGACCUAAUGAAGUUAUGGUUGUACAAUUGUGAUGCAAUACUCAGCAACCCUGAUGUCAUGAACCAAAUCAAAUCCUCCGAUGCUGUUAUUGGAGAUGCGCUGUUCUUGUGUUCGUUUUUGAUCGCCGAUAAAUUCUCCUUACCUCAUGUUACAGUCUUGAUGAGUCCACUUAGUUCCGGUUCAAUUUUACCGUUGAACUUUGAAAACCUCCCUUCUUACCAACCCCAGUUCACCUCAGGUUUCACCGACCACAUGAAUUUUCUACAGAGAGUAAAGAACACUGCGCUAUGCCUUAUUCAAACGAUAGCUCCUUUCAAUAUUGACGGAGUCUAUGAGACACUGAAGAAGAAGCACAACAUCACACCAGAGAAAACUCUCCAGGAGACUUACCAGAAAGUUGACCUUAUCCUUGUUCAAUCAGGUCCCCUCGAUUAUCCAAGGCCUCUUUUACCGAGUAAGAAUCACGUGUUUAAAGUCUAUUUUACUAAUUGAAAAUCGAGUUACAUACGAAUGAGGCCCCACAAAAGGGGGGGAGGGGAGGGGGGGGAGAGUAAGAGCAUUAUGUAUCAUUAAUUUUUGUCCUAACUAUUCUGUACCCCUGUACUUAUUUCCAGAUACUAAACUUGUUGGCCCAUUGCUCUCAAGCCCACCCAAACCUCUCCCAGAUGAUCUUCAACGGUUUGUCAUGGGGUCUGGGGAAGAAGGUGUCAUACUUGUAUCGUUUGGAUCGAUUUUGUCAGAGAUAGACGAUCGGACAAUUGAAAGAAUGGCAGCUGUGUUUUCCAACUUACCACAGAGAGUUGUCUGGAAACUUGAUACAGGUAACCUGCCAUUUUAUUAGAUUUACUGUAUAUGCAUAAGCCAAAGUUGUUUAUCAACCUUUUUCCCGUGCUAGAACGAAGUACCCAGCCAUUAACUUUUGAUUCUCUUAGCGAUGAUAAAAAAAAAAGAUUAUGGUCUCGAUCUUAAAUUCGAACUUACGAGGCUGUGUUCGAAUAUCAAAGUUGUUCUAACGCACAAUUGUAUUGCUGGGAACUGUACUAGUCACGUCCAUGCUGUUUUGCUGUUUAAUUUACCAAAUGUACAAUAUUGUGCUUUUCUUAUUUGGAACAGAGGGUAAAAGUUUGCACCUUGGCGACAACGUCAAAGUGUCUUCCUGGCUUCCACAAAACGACAUUCUCGGUCAUCCAAAGACACGUUUGUUCAUUGGCCAUGCUGGAAUGAAUGGAAUGUUGGAGGCUGCUUACCAUGGAGUCCCUAUGAUUUGUGUUCCCUUUUUUGCCGACCAGUUUGAUAACUCUGUGGCCGCAAAGCACUUUGGGAUGGCGGAGAUUUUGCAUAAGGAGUCAAUAACUGAGGAGAGUCUUGUGACGUUAAUAAGCACUGUUCUUAACAAUCCAAGGUAACUCAGAUUAUACAACGGCUAAAAGCUGGUCAUGAUUCAUCUAUGGUGGAUUUUAAAAGCUGUUGUCUCUUUAUCUUAGAAGCAUUUGUGUCAAUUAAUGGCGUUUUUUGCGUUUUUAGCUACCGCGAGAAUGCUGCUAGAAUUUCCAAGUCUAUCAAGUUGCGCCCACGUUCUGCCAUCGAGGAGGCCGCUGAAUGGGUGGAGUACGCACAGGCUCAAGGUGACUUAUCGUUCCUCAGACCACGAAGCCUGGAUCUACCAUUUUAUCAGCUUUACCUUAUGGACGUAUUCACUCUUUUUAUUUUUCUGUUAAUCAUCGUUGUAACCGCUGUUUAUUUACUGCUCAGGUGUUCCUAUCGCUUGUGCCUCAGGAAAAAGCUAAUAAAAGAAAAGUCGUUCUAA